UAUCAGUCGGCUACUUCCUUUUAUUCACUCUUUCGCCCUUCAGUCCCAUCCUCUCUCCUUCUUACCACCAAUUGCGCCAAAUAUUUGACCCAAAAAUGAUGUGUCCGCAUAUUUUUGAGCCUUCAGCAUCCUGUAUCUCCACCCCAGGCAUCACCACCACCACCACCAUCACCUGCGCCCAUCCUGACAACUUCACCGGCCAUGCAAUACUUCCCCUCCUCGACGAAGAGCAAACGCAACCCCAAGAAAUGGAAUGUUAUCAAGAGAACGAUCUCCUCCUUCAAACUCUCGCCUCACACCUCGAUCUGCUUACCGCCGGCAGUCUCUUCCUCCUCCCCUCUAUUCUCCCAUACCUUGCCUCUGCACUCACAGCCUACGCUUCCUCUUCUUCCUCUUCAAAAGCACUAUUAUCGAAUGAGACACUCCUCGGUAUUCUUGCGUUGUCCUGUGUGGGCGUCAUGACCCCACUCUCGGUUUUUAAGGUCCUCAGCAUCCUCGAGACACACAACUUCCAAACCCCAUUCCUGCGCUGGAGACAUAACAAGACAACAGCAAUCAGGAGAGAGGCACAGCAUGAACAUGGAAGCGGCAGGUUGUUGUCUCAGAGGAGCCCAGAAUCAGUAUCAGUAUCAGAAUGUGCUUGUCACCGUCGUGCAGCAGCAAGAGCAGUUGAUAACCACACUCCGAAAACAUCUCGAAUCAUGCUUUGCCCGACCAUCCGCACAAUCAAGAAGGCCCUGCAACGUCUAAGAGGAUACCCUUCAGGAUACGGACCCUUAGUUCUCGAUACUUCCAUGUCUUUGACCGAGGCAAGUUGGACAUAUUUUUCUCUGGGACAAGAGCAACCGCAUGGACACGACCAAGACCAAAAUCAGGAGAAGCAAGGCCCGUGCACGUGCCUUGAACGCGCCUUGAGCAGCAACGCAUCGGUCCAACCGCGCCCCAGGACUAUUCUUUUGGCAAGUCUUGGCAUGUGGACAGUUCUCAUAGCCCUCUCGUCUCUCCUGGGUUUCAACACUAUCGGCACCUCUCCGGUUAUUGUUUCAAGAACGCCACCCCAGAACAACCGCAGCGAUGGUCUGGCCAGGAUCGUUCUUGAGCACGGGCCAAGCAAUAUCGAUCUUCAGUCGUGGGCGUCCACUUCAUGGGAUAAGGAGCCGAACCAUUGUUCCCAAAAAAAUGUCCGACAGGGUGAGUCUGUCGUGACAGACAAUGUAAAAGACGAGGACGAGGACAAAGAGGACGUUGAUGACUUCUUGGACCCCGAUUCGUUGGACGCGAUGACCAUGGAUCCUGAAGACUUUGUGGUGUUCCGCAAUUUCCUGGUCGCUCUCGAAGCCGAAAACCUAAUCGCCAAGCCCAAAGACGAGAAACAACAUCAAGAUAUUUUAAAGGCGACCAACGACCUGAUGAUCGACUCGAUGCUCGAACAAGACCUGCCAUGCGGAUACCGCACCUCUCCCUUAUUCACUCCCACAUGGUUUGUUGGCUUUCCUGCAGUCGUACAAAAAUUCCGUAAUAGUAUCAACUCCGAUCACCUUACCACCGUGCCCCACACAUCCGGACGAGUUUUUGAAUACCUCGCCGGAUGGACAGAGGUGAUGAUCCUCGCCGUAACCAUGACUCUUGGCAGUCUCCUCGUCGGACUCAUGCAGUCCAAAACGUUGUACUACCAGCUUCUGGAGCAACAUGAACUCCAUCAACAGCAACUCUUUGUAUUCGAAACACCCGUUCGCAGACGCAGUUCCUGGACCACAUUGGCCUUGUGCUUUGCCCUGUCCGGUUCCGCAUUGUGUCUGAUGAUCGACAUGAUCCUGGCCGAAUGCUGGGAUGUGCCUUCGGUGUACUUUGUUGGUAUUGGUAUUGCAGGAAUGAUUCUUGUACAUGCCUGGGUUCCCAACCUGCCAUUGCAGGUAUCCGAAUCUAUGGAGAGCACCGAUAGCGACGAUGGAGAGGAGGAUGGUGAGGGUGACGAGGAGAAGGGCAAGUGGGGUACGUCUAUGAGUGAGCACCGCAAUGCUUGUUCGCUGGACGAAGACCGGCGAUAUGGAGUGUAGCUGGCUGCGACCCCUCUUUUCCUGAGCAUCUGUACAUAUUUACAUCCGAGCCAACCAAACAUACUCCACUGUGCCUUGCAGUCCUUCCUAGCCGGAUUUUUCAAGGGCCGGGUAUUCUGUUAAUACAUCGGAGGAUGAAAAAUAAAGACACGUUUUCUUCGUUCAAA